AUGGGCGCUGAUGCAUAUCGAAAUGUGAUGUGGGAAUGUGUUGAUCCGACAUUUCUUAACAUCCCCAAGAUAUGGAAAAAAAGCAGCUAUGGAAACUUUAGUAACGUCCCGUCACGUGCUUACCGGGCCAAGAUUGUCGAAGCCGUGGUGGAGGGCUAUGUCCCGGGCCUCUUCGUGACGCAACGACCUCUUGAAACGGACCAGGAAGGUGUUUGUGAAAAUUUCGCGCGAGGAGGCCGCGGCCAACAACACCGUUGCGGUGAUACAUUGCAACCACAUGAUCACCGUGGCCACCAGCGGCUGACUGAAGCCGGAUGCCUUUGA